AUGGCGUUAUUGUGUAACACCGAUUCUAUGGGCAAUUUCAUGAACAGCACCUCCGUUUCCAACGCUGUCAUCUAUGAUGAUCUCGAAGACUACGUCAUCAAGACCUCAAACACCUCCAACGUUGUCUCCUUCAGCCCCUUGUUCAAUAAUGGCAAAUCUGGAAUUAUUGCUAGCAGAGUGUCUUAGGUUCUUAAGAACAUGCAACCCGGUAAAUGUUUCAAUAGCCUCUCCGAACCCGUCGAAGCCGGCCUUUUGUACAGAUACGACAACUCCCACGGAAACAACCAAGUUGAAUCCGCCCACAAACCAUACCAUGUUGCUGAUGAAGAAAGUACCUACAACAGACCAGGUUACCAAAGAUUGAACCAACUCCGCUCCAGAAAAUCUCAUGGACAAUACCACCUCGACCAAAGCAAACAAGAAUUAGAUCAACCAUCUUCCGCCAUGUCUUUCUACUCCAGCGGAUACCACGGCAAAUCCAUCAAAUACUCCGACAAAAUCAACAUUGCCGAAGAAGCUAAGAAAUUGGCACAAGAAAUUGGACAAGAUCUCCAACACCCCAAUGAACUCCCCAAGACCAGCUGGUUUAUCAAAUCCAAUCCAAUCCAACUCCCCAAGAGGGUCACCAUCUCUAAAUUCGUCAUCUUGGUUCGUCUUUCCAGACAAAUGAACAGAGAAGAAAUGUAUAAGGUUGCUGAAGAACUCUACACCAAAGAACACAGCGGACAAAAAAGUUCACAGAGCUGGAAAGCUCUCCGUGUCGCCAUCGUUCAAUCUGGUAACGGACCCGCCCUUCUCACCAUCCAUCAAUAUGCUCAACUUGUCUCAAGAAUGGCCGUAGCUGCUCGCCACCCAACCGCCAAAUACCUCAGAACCUUCCAAAAAUUGGCCGAAGAAUCCGUCGAACGUCAACAACACACUCUUAAUAACACCUCUGUGGUCGCAUACGCUGAUUUGUUACACAAAGUUUGCGUCGACAAAGAAAGAUCUUACCAACAAUAUCCUUUCCAUGCUUACGGAAGCUUCUACACCAAUGAAUGCCAAACCAUCGCCCAAGAAUACAUCAGGUAUUUGGAACAACGCCUCCACAAAGCGGUCGCUCACUCCGAAAGCCAAGACAUUCUCAUCUUCUCCAUCGCUCUCGGCCGUGUUGGACACAGAGACAUCUACAGGGCUUUAGAAAAAUACAUUAGACAAACCCCGGAGAAACGCCAUCAACUUCCAGAAGAACAACGUGUUACCGAAUUCCAAAGAUUCGUUAUGGUUAGCGCUUUGAGAAGAUUCGCCGAAAUGUACCCUGAAGCCGCAAGAGAUCUUUUGAAGAGCCUCUACUUCAGCUCCUCCGAACAACAAGAAGUUCGCGCAUUAGCCGCUUACCUUAUGGCUUACACCGAACCCGAAGUCUCCAUCUUAGCUGCCAUGGCUCAAAACACCCACAUCGACAACGACGAAUACGUCAACUCAGCCGUUCAAUCCACCAUCCGCAAACUUGUCGAUAUGGAGUACGAACCAGCCAUCCAAGCCGAAAGGUUCUUAAACGACGAAGAAUAUGGCGCGGAAUACCCACAAAACGGAAUCCACAGAUACGUUCAACAGUCGAUACACCACCUCUCUUUUAUACACCCUGGUGAUGCCGAAUUCACCUUGGGAGCUUACGAUUUCUUGGCCUCCAGCUUACAAGAAAUCCUCGAACAAGUUGAACAACAAACUGAAUUCCACCAAGAUCAAGUCCACAAGAAGCAAUCCCAAAGCAGAGAUGAAGUUCACUCUAACAACAAGAUCUACGAAGUUUUAGGAAUUAACAUCGAAGGACGUGAACAAUUGGAAGGUUUGAUUCAUGUCAGACUUGCCAACGUUUUCCGUCACUUCCCAGUCAAUAACUACACCGUUGACAGCAUCACUGAAGUCGCCCGUCACUGGCAAGAAGAAUUGAGGAAGGGUCAAAAAUUCAGCCUCUCCAAAUGGACCAUCAACCACGAAGCCACUCCAACUGAAUUGGGUCUCCCAUACUCUUUGACCGCCGCCAUCCCAAGCCUUUUGAGUUUGGACGGAAAGAUUCAAGCUGAAACUGCACCAGAAUUCUGCAAUGGAAAAACCUUUCGCGCACCAAAACACAUCAAGGCUAACGCUGAAGUACGUGCCCUCUACGGUAGCACCCUCCCAUACUGUGCUAACCAUGAUAUCUUGUCUAUUCAACCAGUUGAAACCACUCAAGGUUACACCGUCUUGCAUGAACAAAAACUACAAGCGCAAGUCUUAGAUAUCGGAAGAAAACACACUGGCAUGCAAUUCCAACUCCGUUAUGAAACCGACCAAGAACGCUUCAACUUGAACAGAUUCCUCCACCGUGUUCAACGCAGAGGAUCCGUCGAAAGCGCCAUGCAUCUCUUAUUCAACGAUGAAAUCAAAUACUCCAAAACCGAAUUGUGCUUACAAGAAAUCCUCGAACAAGUUGAACAACAAACUGAAUUCCACCAAGAUCAAGUCCACAAGAAGCAAUCCCAAAGCAGAGAUGAAGUUCACUCUAACAACAAGAUCUACGAAGUUUUAGGAAUUAACAUCGAAGGACGUGAACAAUUGGAAGGUUUGAUUCAUGUCAGACUUGCCAACGUUUUCCGUCACUUCCCAGUCAAUAACUACACCGUUGACAGCAUCACUGAAGUCGCCCGUCACUGGCAAGAAGAAUUGAGGAAGGGUCAAAAAUUCAGCCUCUCCAAAUGGACCAUCAACCACGAAGCCGUUUUAUCUGCUCCAACCGAAUUGGGUCUCCCAUACUCUUUGACCGCCGCCACCCCAAGCCUUUUGAGUUUGGACGGAAAGAUUCAAGCUGAAACUGCACCAGAAUUCUGCAAUGGAAAAACCUUUCGCGCACCAAAACACAUCAAGGCUAACGCUGAAGUACGUGCCCUCUACGGUAACGAAAUGCAAGGCAGCAUCCGUUUCUACACUCCAUUCGAACACCACGACUACGUUAGUGGAUACAACAAGAAAAUGCAAGUUCAUGUACCAGUUUCCGCUAAAGUUGAAGUUGAUCUUAAGGACAACAAAAUCUUCACCGACAUCAAACCCUUGGAAGCUGAACAAGACAUCAAAAUCUUCCAUCACAGCACCCACCCAUACUGCGCUAACCAUGAUAUCUUGUCUAUUCAACCAGUUGAAACCCACCAAGGUUACACCGUCUUGCAUGAACAAAAACCACAAGCGCAAGUCUUAGAUUUCGGAAGAAAACACACUGGCAUGCAAUUCCAACUCCGUUAUGAAACCGACCAAGAACGCUUCAACUUGAACAGAUUCCUCCACCGUGUUCAACGCAGAGGAGCCGUCGAAAGCGCCAUGCAUCUCUUAUUCAACGAUGAAAUCAAAUACUCCAAAACCGAAUUGUGGUACAGAGGCAGCGAAUGUGCUAACCGCGAAGUAAAAAUGCAAAUUAGAUACGGUCAAAGACACCAUGAUAAACAAGGAUCCGCUCCAUCAAUCGAAGACAUCUUGAACCUUCCAUCCGAACAACAAAGCCGCCUCCAACAAGCUAUGGAAAAAGCUGGCGCUGGCAUCCACAGUGUCCACGUUAUGGCUGGUGAUAUCCAAAUCCAAUUCGUUGGUCAACAAGAAGCUACCAUCCACGCUGGUGUCGCUGACGCCAGAGGACCAGUAGACAAACACUCCCGUGUCAUUGCCUACGUUCACGCCGAAUCCAAGCAUGCCGAAAGCAAACCAUGGCACCUUGCUCUCCUUCACAACGGUGAAUCACCAAACACCAACGGAUUAGAUUACGAAUACGCUCUCAAGAUGAACCCUAAGGUCAAAGCUCACACCAAGCUUUCUCUUGGACCUAAAGGUGAACAAAGCCGCUUUGAAAUUGAUGCUGAAUUCCAAAAAUCGCACGAACGUGUUGAACAUUUGCAAAAGCAACCUGAACAUCAUAGAUGUCUUGAAGAAAUUAAAGAAGGCAAUCGCAUCAUGCCAUCUUGCGCUAACAUGACCGCCCGAGCCAAUCUUCUUGACGAUAUCUCCAUCAGAAUCAAACAUGAAGGUCUUUCCCAACAUUGCAGGCAUAUCAUCCAACAAAUCGCAUCUCUCGUCCGUCCAUGCAGAGCCAUCGAAUGCGAUUUCGAGCAACAUCGCGAACAAGAAGAUAGAGAAAUCAGAAUCAACGUUCGUUUCACUCCAAACUUAGAGCACGCCAACUACACUCUCGAUGGAACCUUAGCUAGCAGAUUCAGACAAUCCUGCGAACGCAUCCCAGUUAACGGAUGGCAAAGACAACUCUUCGUUCUUCACCCAGUUUUCCCAGUCACUACCAGAUUAUCUGCCGAAGCUUUCAGUAUCGACACCUACAGACCAAUUUGUGUUGUCGACAAAACCAGGGCUGCUACCUUUGACGGAAAAGAAUACGACGCUGAAUUAUCCGAGAGCUGGGCAGUUAUGCUUCAUUACCUCCCACAAUUCUCCAACCAAAGCCAUCACUCCGAUUUGAAAUACCGCAAACAACACCAAAUCCGCGAACACGCAGUGUUGGUCCGCCAAGAAAACCAAGGCAAAGCUGUUAAGAUCACUCUUCGCUCCCCUAGCACCGAACAAAAAUUAGUUGAAGUUGAAAUGAGACCAACUGGUCAAUCCAGCCCCAAGGUCAAGGUCCUCGUUGACAAAAAGGAAGUUCAUUGCACCGAACAACAAUCUCAAGAUUUCUACAACAGAGCAAUCAGAGUUUACGCACUCCCCAACGAUGAAGUUAAAGUUGAAGUCAGCGGAAGAUAUUACGUCAUCGCCGAUGGCAAACGCGUCAAACUUACUGCCACAUCUUCCCUCUUCGCCAACUCCACCAAAGGUCUUUGCGGAAACUUCAACGGAAUGGAAUCAGAUGAUUUCCUCCUUCCCAACGGAGAAGUCAGUGUUGAAAAACCACAAAGCUUUGUAGCCGCUUACACCAUUGGAUCUCACCAAAACCAACAACAACACGUCCAAAGAGAAAAUUGUUACGUCAGAAUCCCAACCUUUGAAAGGAUCCAAGAAUUAAGCCAACAACAAGUUGAUGAACACGAAUCUUCCUCUUGCACCGGACACCGCACUCUUUAUUUCAGAAAGAACAACAAAGAUUGUUUCACCGUCCGUGCUUACCCAGCUUGCAAACCAGGAUGCCACCCACAAGAAGAAGUCAGCAAGAAGGUCGAUAUCAUCUGUUUAGAUGAAAGCUCUGCCACCCAACAAUGGAGACGCAAAGCUGAAGCCGGUGAUUACUUAAACUUCCAACAUCGUCAACCAAACGAUCACAUGGAAACCAAAAUCCACAGUCAUUGUCAACAAUAAGAGGAGUUAAAAAUGAU